CUGUUCUGAGUGCCUGACUGCCUCACCCUGAAGGAUGGCCUUGGAUGGGUAUUAGAGGCCCAGGGGCCCGGGCUCCUGUCCCGUUCGUCUGUCUGUUAUCAUCGUCUGUCUCUCUUGACAUCAUCGCAGCUUCACCCCCUCCUGUCCCAGCCCCCAGCGCCAGCUUCCUGCAGGCCCAGAGCCGGCAUGAACUCUCCCAACGAGUCGGCAGAUGGCAUGUUAGGCCGGGAACCACCCUUGGAAAUCCUGCCGCGGACUCCUCUGCACAGCAUCCCUGUGGCAGUGGAGGUGAAGCCAGUACUGCCAGGAGCCAUGCCCAGCCCCAUGGGGGGCGGGGGUGGAGGCAGCCCCAGUCCUGUGGAGUUGCGGGGGGCUCUGGCUGGCCCUGUGGACCCUGUGCUCCGGGAGCAGCAAUUGCAGCAGGAACUCCUGGUGCUCAAACAGCAGCAGCAGCUGCAGAAGCAGCUCCUGUUUGCUGAGUUCCAGAAGCAGCAUGACCACCUGACACGGCAGCAUGAGGUCCAACUACAGAAGCACCUCAAGCAGCAGCAGGAGAUGCUGGCGGCCAAGCGGCAACAGGAACUGGAGCAGCAGCGGCAACGGGAGCAGCAGCGGCAGGAGGAGCUGGAGAAGCAGCGGCUGGAGCAGCAGCUGCUCAUCCUGCGCAACAAGGAAAAGAGCAAAGAGAGUGCCAUCGCCAGCACUGAGGUGAAGCUGAGGCUCCAAGAAUUCCUCUUGUCAAAGUCAAAGGAGCCCACGCCAGGCGGCCUCAACCAUUCCCUCCCACAGCACUCCAAAUGCUGGGGAGCCCACCAUGCUUCUUUGGACCAGAGUUCCCCUCCCCAGAGCGGCCCCCCUGGGACGCCUCCCUCUUAUAAACUGCCUUUGCUUGGGCCCUAUGACAGCCGUGAUGACUUCCCCCUCCGCAAAACAGCCUCUGAACCCAACUUGAAAGUGCGUUCGAGGCUAAAACAAAAGGUGGCUGAGCGGAGAAGUAGUCCCCUUCUGCGUCGCAAGGAUGGAACUGUUAUUAGCACCUUUAAGAAGAGAGCAGUUGAGAUCACAGGCGCUGGACCUGGGGUGUCGUCCGUAUGUAACAGUGCGCCCGGCUCCGGCCCCAGCUCUCCCAACAGCUCCCACAACACCAUCGCUGAAAAUGGCUUUACCGGCUCAGUCCCCAACAUCCCUACCGAGGCCUCCCCGAAGCUGUCAACACAGCAGGAGGCUGAGAGGCAGGCUCUUCAAUCCCUGCGCCAGGGCAGCACACUAACUGGGGGCACAUUAACGGGCAAGUUCAUGAGCACAUCUUCCAUCCCUGGCUGCCUGCUGGGCGUGGCACUGGAGGGUGACACAAGCCCCCAUGGGCACGCCUCAUUGCUGCAGCAUGUGCUGCUGCUAGAGCAGGCCCGGCAGCAGAGCACCCUCAUCGCUGUGCCACUGCACGGGCAGUCCCCAUUGGUGACUGGUGAACGUGUGGCCACCAGCAUGCGGACAGUGGGCAAGCUUCCAAGGCACCGGCCCCUGAGUCGCACCCAAUCCUCGCCACUGCCACAGAGUCCCCAGGCCCUGCAGCAGCUGGUCAUGCAGCAGCAGCACCAGCAGUUUCUGGAGAAGCAGAAGCAGCAGCAGCAGCUACAGCUGGGCAAAAUCCUUACCAAGACUGGGGAGCUGCCCAGGCAGCCCACUACCCACCCUGAGGAGACAGAAGAGGAGCUAACCGAGCAGCAGGAAGCCUUGCUAGGAGAGGGCGCUGUGACCAUGCCACGGGAAGGCUCCACAGAAAGUGAGAGCACUCAGGAAGACCUGGAAGAAGAAGAGGAGGAAGAAGAAGAGGAAGAUGAGGACUGCAUUCAGGUCAAGGAUGAAGAGGGAGAAAGUGGCCCUGAGGAGGGGCCCGACUUGGAGGAGUCCAGUGCCAGUUAUAAAAAGCUGUUCACAGAUGCCCAGCAGCUGCAGUCCCUGCAGGUGUACCAGGCACCCCUCAGCUUGGCCACUGUGCCUCACCAAGCCCUGGGUCGCACCCAGUCCUCACCUGCUGCUCCUGGAGGCAUGAAGAGCCCCCCAGAUCAGCCCACCAAGCACCUCUUCACCACUGGUGUGGUCUAUGACACGUUCAUGCUGAAGCACCAGUGCAUGUGCGGGAACACACACGUGCACCCCGAGCACGCUGGCCGCAUCCAGAGUAUCUGGUCCCGGCUGCAGGAGACCGGCCUGCUCAGCAAGUGCGAGCGGAUUCGGGGUCGCAAAGCCACCCUGGAUGAGAUCCAGACAGUUCACUCUGAAUACCAUACCCUGCUCUAUGGGACCAGCCCCCUCAACCGACAGAAACUUGACAGCAAGAAACUGCUUGGCCCCAUCAGCCAGAAGAUGUAUGCCAUGCUGCCUUGCGGGGGUAUUGGGGUGGACAGUGACACCGUGUGGAACGAGAUGCACUCCUCCAGUGCUGUGCGCAUGGCAGUGGGCUGCCUGGUGGAGCUGGCCUUCAAGGUGGCUGCAGGAGAGCUCAAGAAUGGAUUUGCCAUCAUCCGACCCCCAGGACACCAUGCUGAAGAGUCCACAGCCAUGGGAUUCUGCUUCUUCAACUCCGUAGCCAUCACAGCUAAACUCUUGCAGCAGAAGUUGAAUGUGGGCAAGGUCCUCAUCGUGGACUGGGACAUUCACCAUGGCAAUGGUACCCAGCAAGCGUUCUACAAUGACCCCUCUGUGCUCUACAUCUCCCUGCAUCGCUAUGACAACGGGAACUUUUUUCCAGGCUCUGGGGCUCCUGAAGAGGUCGGUGGAGGGCCAGGUGUGGGGUACAAUGUGAAUGUGGCAUGGACAGGAGGUGUGGACCCCCCCAUCGGAGACGUGGAAUACCUGACAGCCUUCAGGACAGUGGUGAUGCCCAUUGCCCACGAGUUCUCACCUGACGUGGUCCUAGUCUCUGCUGGGUUUGAUGCUGUUGAAGGGCAUCUGUCUCCACUGGGUGGCUAUUCUGUCACCGCCAGAUGUUUUGGCCACUUGACCAGGCAGCUGAUGAAGCUGGCUGGGGGCCGGGUGGUGCUGGCCCUGGAGGGAGGCCAUGACUUGACCGCCAUCUGUGAUGCCUCUGAGGCCUGUGUUUCAGCUCUGCUCAGCGUGGAGCUGCAGCCUUUGGAUGAGGCAGUCUUACAGCAAAAGCCCAACAUCAACGCAGUGACCACACUUGAGAAAGUCAUCGAGAUCCAGAGCAAACACUGGAGUUGUGUGCAGAGGUUUGCUGCUGGUUUGGGUCGCUCUCUGCGGGAGGCUCAGGCAGGUGAGACUGAGGAGGCCGAGACUGUGAGCGCCAUGGCCUUGCUGUCAGUGGGGGCUGAACAGGCCCAGGCUGCUGCUGCCCGAGAACACAGCCCCAGGCCGGCAGAGGAGCCCAUGGAGCAGGAGCCUGCCCUCUGACACUCUGGCCCCCAUCCUGGGCUUCAUCAUUGUGAUUUUGUUUAUUUUUUCUAUUAAAAACAAAAAGUCACACAUUCAACAAUGCGUGCUGUGUGGGUCUCUCAGCCUUGCCCCUUCUGCUCCUCUAAGCUGCCUCAGGCCCCCCGACCAUAUAUGACCCACAUCCCAGUUCUAGAAGUUGCUCUCUCUGUAGGAGGUAAGGGUUCACAGUCCAGCCCCUCCCCCAUUUUGCACCCUAUGCCACUUCCCUAAAUUCUGUCCUUUCCACCUUGGAGUCUGGGCCAGCUCAAGGUGAGCAUGGGGGCCCAAACAGUACGCUCCAGUUCUGGGCCCCCCCCACCGCCCUAAGCGAGGUGGGAACAGUAGGUUGGUACCUUGGCUUUAGCAGACUUUGGGGGGGGAAUGCCUUAAUUUCACCCCCUCCCCUUCCCACUGCCUAGGCUGCAGUGGCAGGGAAGUGGGCUCCCACACUGUGCUCUGCAAUCCUUCCCAUCUUUUAUCCCCACCAUCUCUGCAGACUCCUCUCUGGCCUCAGCACCCACCAGAGGCUAUGCUAAGGAUGAGGGCCUUGGGUCUGUGACCAGAGUUGUCUUGCCUCACACUCCCAGCAGCUGAGAGGAUGAGGGGAUGGGAUCUUAAAGUUCUGAGGGUCUAGAUGGAUCCCUAGAGGCAAGCCUGCGCUCACUUCAGUUUUGCCCUCCCUGCCUUCUUGCUGACACAACCUGGGG